GGGGAGAGGUAAUCCCCGGCGUUUUGAGCAUCCCCUUUUUAGAAAGACUGAGUCUCUCCUAGGACAGCUGCUGCGGUCACACCACAAACUUAAAAGCCGUCCUCCCGCUCCGAGCGUGCCUUUCCUCACCACCCUCGCCUUGCCGAAGCUCCAACUGGUGCCUGGCUCUCCGCCGGUCCCGGCCGGCCGGCGCUCGGGAACCAGCAGCGCCCCCUGCCUCUCGGCCUGGCCUCUACGGCCGCAGCCUCCGCGCUCCACCAGGGCCGCCCGCGGCUCCCCGGCUCAGCCAGGGCUGCGGCUCAGAGGAGCUCGCGCCUUGGCCCCGAGUCGCCGCCUCGCACGCCCACAUCCUGCAUCCCCUUCCUCUCCCUCUGAAGGGACAUCAGGCAAAGAGAGAGGGCGAGAAGAGUUCGCGGCAGAUUAAGCUACCACUGUUUCAAAGAGAACAUUGUUUUCAUCAUGAAUACUAAUAAAGAUGAGAGACCAAAGCCCAGAAGCUACUAUUUUUACCUUUUUCAUGCCUCGAUGGUGCUAAGCAUGACCAUGCUGUUUCUUCCGGUCAUUGGAACUUCUAAGCAAAAUAUUCCACGACUCAAGCUAACCUACAAAGACUUGCUGCUUUCAAAUAGCUGUAUUCCCUUUUUGGGGUCAUCAGAAGGACUGGAUUUCCAAACCAUUCUGCUAGAUGAAGAGAGGAGCAGGCUACUCCUGGGGACCAAGGACCAUAUCUUCCUGCUUAAUCUGAUGGACUUAAACAAAAAUUUUAAGAAGAUUUAUUGGCCUGCUUCAAAGGAACGGGUGGAAUUAUGUAAAUUAGCUGGGAAAGAUGCCAAUACAGAAUGUGCAAAUUUUGUUCGAGUACUUCAACCUUAUAAUAAAACUCACAUUUACGUGUGUGGAACCGGAGCAUUUCAUCCAAUAUGUGGAUAUAUUGAUCUUGGAGUCUACAAGGAGGAAGUUAUGUUCAAACUAGACACAAACAAUUUGGAGUCUGGCAGACUGAAAUGUCCUUUUGAUCCUCAGCAACCUUUUGCUUCAGUAAUGACAGAUGAGUACCUCUACGCUGGAACAGCAUCUGAUUUCCUUGGCAAAGAUACUGCAUUCACGCGGUCCCUCGGGCCUACUCAAGACCAUCAUUACAUCAGAACCGACAUUUCAGAGCACUACUGGCUCAACGGAGCAAAAUUUAUUGGAACUUUCCCCAUACCAGACACCUAUAAUCCAGAUGAUGAUAAAAUAUAUUUCUUCUUUCGUGAAUCAUCUCAAGAAGGCAGUACUUCCGAUAAGAUGAUCCUUUCUCGCGUUGGAAGAGUUUGUAAGAAUGAUGUAGGAGGACAACGCAGCCUGAUAAACAAAUGGACAACUUUUCUGAAGGCCAGGUUGAUUUGCUCAAUUCCUGGAAAUGAUGGGGCAGAUACUCAUUUUGAUGAGCUUCAAGAUAUUUACUUACUCCCCACAAGAGACGAAAGAAAUCCUGUAGUAUAUGGAGUCUUCACCACAACUAGCUCCAUCUUCAAAGGCUCUGCUGUUUGUGUGUAUAGCAUGGCUGACAUCAGAGCAGUUUUUAAUGGCCCAUAUGCUCAUAAGGAAAGUGCAGACCAUCGCUGGGUGCAGUAUGAUGGAAGAAUUCCUUAUCCCCGACCUGGCACAUGUCCAAGCAAAACCUACGACCCGCUGAUCAAAUCAACCCGCGAUUUUCCAGAUGAGGUCAUCAGUUUCAUCAGGCGGCACCCUGUGAUGUAUAAAUCGGUAUAUCCAGUUGCAGGAGGACCAACAUUCAAGCGAAUCAAUGUGGAUUACAGAUUGACACAGAUUGUCGUGGAUCAUGUGGUCGCAGAAGACGGCCAGUACGAUGUAAUGUUUCUUGGGACAGACAUUGGAACAGUCCUAAAAGUUGUCAGCAUCUCAAAGGAGAAAUGGAACAUGGAAGAGGUAGUACUGGAGGAGUUGCAGAUAUUCAAGCACUCAUCAAUCAUCUUGAACAUGGAGUUGUCUCUGAAGCAGCAACAAUUAUACAUUGGUUCCCAAGAUGGAUUGGUCCAGCUCUCCUUGCACAGAUGUGACACUUAUGGGAAAGCUUGUGCAGACUGCUGUCUUGCCAGAGACCCAUACUGUGCAUGGGAUGGAAAUGCAUGCUCUCGAUACACACCCACUUCAAAAAGGUAAGAGACACAGAGAGUUCAUGUCAAGGUUAAUCUCCUAUUCCAUGUUUGCUUUCCAGGCAUUAGUCAUGAAGCUGCUGAUGAAAAGGUGAUUUUUGGCAUUGAAUUUAAUUCAACUUUUCUGGAAUGUAUACCUAAAUCCCAACAAGCAUCUAUUAAGUGGUAUAUCCAGCGGUCAGGAGAUGAGCAACGAGAGGAGUUGAAAUCCGAUGAAAGGAUCAUCAAAACAGAAUAUGGGCUACUGAUUCGAAGUUUGCAGAAGAAGGACUCUGGGAUGUAUUACUGCAAAGCACAGGAGCAUACUUUUAUCCACACCAUAGUGAAGCUGACUUUGAAUGUUAUUGAGAAUGAACAGAUGGAAAAUACCCAGAGGGCAGAGCACGAGGAGGGGCAGGUCAAGGAUCUGUUGGCUGAGUCACGGUUGAGAUACAAAGACUACAUCCAAAUCCUUAGCAGCCCGAACUUCAGCCUCGACCAGUACUGCAAACAGAUGUGGCACCGGGAGAAGCGGAGACAGCAAAACAAGGGAAGCCCAAAGUGGAAGCACAUGCAGGAAAUGAAGAAGAAACGAAACCGAAGACAUCACGGGGAUGAGCUCCCUAGAGCUGUGGCCACGUAGUUUUCUAUUUAAUUUAAAGAAACGAAUUCCUUCACUGCGAAAAUACUGUCUUCUGUUCUGUACACCCCUUAUACUAACUCGUACGAGUUUUCCAUGGAGUUUGGCUAAGGCACAAGAAAAAUAAUCUGAGUAAGACUAGGUAUGGUGAAUAUGGCAUAGUAAGGGCAAAUAGUUCAUCUGAACCCGUUUUCCAAGAAUGAAAUUUGUACCUGCAAUGUGCCAGAAUUAUCCUGAAAGUAGGAACUUAACCUUUGUAAAUGUUUUAUGUUCUGAGGUUUUGAAUUUAUGAUGUCAUGUAAAUAAGUGAGCUAAGCAAGUAUCAUAUUUGCUAUCGUACUGAGGUGCUUCGUUUCCCUUGCAUGGCCAUUAAGCAUGGAGUUUAUCAUGCUGUUGUAUUAUAUGUUCUUAUGAACCGAUAUAUCAUUCCAUUCUAGAACUGGCUGCCUUGUGGUAGGAAUCGGAGGGAAGACACGAAUCCAGACAGCUCACAUUAUCAACAGGAACUUUCCCAGUCAGCCAUUCGCUCUGGGUGCAUGGUUUAGGAAUUUGGAGAAGUGCAUUAUUUCUUUCAGACCACAGGGGUUAUUUAGUGUAGGACAGCACUGAUUUACUGAAGGGCGUAAAUGCUCCUCCGAGGAUUCCCGAUGACUUGUCAGGAGUAACAGGUUCACAGAGAAAGGUGGGUGCUCAGUUAUGUGUUUUUAGAUUAUAUGCUGAGCUUGACAUGGACAGAAUGCUUGAUAAAUAUUUUAGUAAGAUGGGGGGAAAUAUUUUAAUAAAAUAAGGGAAACAUCAUGAUGAAUACUGCAUCCUAAUGGGAAGGCAUGCAGAUGGGAUCUGUUAGGAGACAGAAGGAAAGACAGCCAUAAAUUCUGGCUUUUGGGAAAACUCACAUCCCCAUAAAAAGAAAGAACAGUCACAAAUAAAGUGAAUGAAAUGUAAUGUAGCUUAUUCACCAGAGUAUAAGGGGCUGCCAAUUUAUAAUCCAUCUGUUAAAAAAAUUCUAGAUUAUAACAAACUGCUAGCAAAGUCUGAGGAAAAGUAAAUUUUCUAAAGGAUCUUGGGAAGAAUGAACGCAAAUUUAUUUACAACCAAUGGGAUUUCAGUAUGUACUUUCCCUCUUUAAAAAAGAAACUAAUCAUACUCUAUAAAUUAUUUCCAUUUACUGCCUUUGUUCUUUCCAGAAUAUUGGAUCAUUGGAUUUUUUUUUUGAGUGAAUAAAAAAAACAAUAUGUACAUACAUAGGGAUAGAAUUAAGUAGACAACAGUGGUGGGAGAGCAGGGAGAUAUAUUUGUUGAGUAACAGAACAAAUGCAAAAAUGUUGACAACGGAAAGGGUUAAAUUAACUCUUUGACAUCUUUUUUUCACAUAAUCUUUUUUUGCAUUUUUUGAGAUUAUGUGCUGUAAUUGAAGUAGUAUUGUUUUAGUAAUUUAAUAAUAAAUAAGCCUAAUGCAUGUAAAGAAGACAAACAACAUAAACAUUUUUCAUAUUGUGUUAGCACUUUCCAAUAUUUACAAUUUGACUUUAUCUCUGAAUAUGCAUGGUGUGCUUCCUGCCUGUUUAAGCAGGACUCACCUUUCCUUCUUAAACACAGUUCUUAGCCUUCUUCUGUUUCGCCUUUUCACACCCUUUUUAGUGUGAAAUGAAAAAUUAGUCACUUCCUCACAUGGAAGGCAGCUUUUCAGAAAACUAAAUAGCAGACAUUGCUCAUUUCUCAUGCAUUCUACGUGUCUUGAAAGAAAAGCCUCUGAGAACCCGUGUGAUUAGUACAGAGUUCACUGUCAUGUCUAUGGCUGGCUUUAUGUUCAAAACAUUCUGUCUUACAUUUCACUUUAUUUACAUCGCUUACCUAUCUCAAAGUAGCCACACUGAUAGGUGAGGUUAAGUAUCCCUUUUAAUAUGAAAUUCAUAAAUAUUUGUAGAUGUUUCAAUAUAAGGAAAACUUAAAGAUCUUUUGUUUUUAAAAAGCAAACCAGAACAAAUCACUCUUUUAAAAAAUAAUGCGUAACCAUAGUUGUAGUAAGAUCAGACUGUUCAUUGAUUAUCAUAACAAGAGUAUUUGUAACUACUGAUUUGCUGGGUUGAAAUGUUCCAGGAACUCGUAACAAGUUCAAAGCAAAUAAGUGGGAGUAUGUUUUAUUUUUUAGAGAUUUUCAAAUAUUCGUAUAUCAGACAGUAAUGAUCAAGUUAUGGAUGGCUUUGAGAAAAUUACGUGGAGCUUAAUUAAGUGUUAGGAUUGACUUGUGAAAAUAAUUUUAGUUUUCAUCCAAAUAUGAAUGUCCAAGCCAUUUUUAAAUUACUUCUUAUCAUAGUUAUUCAGACAAAAUUUGGGGAACCUACUUUACUGUACAGCUAAUAAUCUGGCUCCUUUGGAUCUAAAACUAUUAAUUUAUGACAAUUACUUAAAUAUAUAUUUGAAACAUUGUUAGUAAAAUAAAAGGUCAUAUUGAAAAAAAACAUAGGGGCAAAGACUUCCAGUAUUUAUAAAGAUAGAGGACAUCUAAGCUAUGUUUAAUUUUUUAACCUUUUAAUUGCCUAGAACACUUAGAGGAACAGUGUAAAUGUAUUAAAUCUAGAGAUGAGACACAAUAUGUACUUCCUCACCACUGAAGAUUUUACCAAAUUCCCUGAAAUAAUGAAAACUAAAAUUAUAGUUAAAAGUUUCAAAUACAUUUGCUUACAAAUCAGCUCUCUAUGGAGAGGUCUUAAAAUGUAUAUGUUUGUUCUGUUUUUUUUUUAAUUAAAGUUUAAUGGGGUGACAGUGGUUAGUAAAGUUACACAGGUUUCAAGUAUACAAUUCUGUAUAUGUGACAUCAUCUAUAUGUCACAUUGUGUGCUCACCACCAGAAUCAGUCCUAUUCUUGAAUUCAUAGUUUUCUCCCCCAUUUUGAAUACAUACUUCUUUGACUGCCAUAUUCUCAUCUGUGUUUCAUUCCAGCAAUGUAUGCUGCUAAAUGCAAUCCUGCCUUGUCUGCAUUCAUUUACAUUCAAUUUAUUGGGAAUUUUAAUAGUUUGUUUAGAAAUGGAUAGCUAAGUAAUUAAUUUAUGUAGAACCCAUCACUCCCCCAACUCCCUACCCUCACCCCAAAGAGCUGAAAACACUACAUUCACAUUAUUGAAUAAAACAUUUUUGGAAACCUACCAAAUCAAGAGAAGGAAUGAUAGUCAUAGAGAAAUUUAAAAAUUUGCAAAAGCCACAAGAGUGGUAGAAGAUUUAUAAUUCACACAAAAUCUCAUCAUUCUGUUGGCUUGGUAAUACACAUUUACAAUAUGCUGCCUGCAAAAUUGCCUUACUUUUGAUUUUCGCCUUUGGUCUAUAUUUUGGUUCUUCAUAUUCUAUCAAGUUUUGUUCCCGCUGAAUUGUAUAGACUAAACUAAAAAAUAAGUUUGCAGUGGCCAGUGCCUCUUUCUUGAAACAUUAUCAAAAUUAAAAUUUCAAGGACAAUUUAAUACCAUCUAGAUGCCCACAAAAUAUUAAACAAAAGCAUAAAUUACACACUGAUAUUAAUUUAAAUAUUUUAAACUUAAAGACAUAUUUCAUAUGUAUCAUCAGUAAAAAUGGAAAUCAAAACUGAAAUAGCUUCCCUUUAGAAUGUUACAUUUGUCUUAGACAACAUGCUGGAAUUGAUUUGCCUUAUUCAGAAUGGAUAGUUUAGAAAAAAGAUAUUUAAAGCGUUUUUAUAGAAAGAUAUAUUUUUUGUCACAGAAAAUGACCACAAUAUUUAAGUAAUUUAGCUAACAUAUGAGGUUAAAAAUAAGAUUAAAAUACCAAGAUGCUACACAUUGACAGUGCAAAGACAGGAACAUGUACAUGACUUAUACCUCUCAUUUAAAUAUUCUGUAGUAUAAAGUAUUUAUAGUAAGUUUGUGAUAGAUGAUUUUGGGGCAAAGGGCAAAAAUCUGUCAGUUAAUUAUGUAAUUUAAUUCUGGAAUUGUAAGUGGUUAGCUAUCAAUUUUGAAUUAACAGUUUUGCUAUUUUAAAAGAACUGUAGUCUUGUAAUCUAAAAUUAUUGAAAUCUGUUAAAUGUAUAUUUUGGUUGUACUAUAAUAAAACACAAACAUUAGUGUUCUAUGGUUAUAAACA